UAUCGAUAAGGGUGGCGGGUGGAAAUGUAGCCAAAAUUUCUCGUUCCCCGCUAGCAAGUUACCUCACCACGCUGAGUAUUUAUCCUUGCGCCUCCCAUCCGAACAUGCCACCGUACGAGAGCGACUCCUCCGAUGAAGGAGAAGAGUUUACUGAGACCAAUGUCUUGCUUGGAUAUGCAGCCGAAGAACCUUCCGGUGACACCGUAUCCCACUUAGGCGGCCGUCCAACUUGGAUUGACGAGAAAAUCGCACCUUCUGGCGCUUUAGCAAAAUGCAAAGUUUGCAACGGACUUCUAACGCUUCUUCUCGAGCUCAACGGUGACCUCCCCGAACACUUUCCCGGACACGAGAGACGACUUUACAUUUGGAGCUGUAGAAGGAAGGCGUGUAGACGGAAGGAAGGAAGUGUGCGAGGAAUUCGAGGAGUACGAAUUGCAAAAGGCGCAUCAUCCAAACCCAAGCUCCAGGCAGUGUUAAAGACAGAUGAAGUAGCUGGAUCGAACGAUAAGCCGGUUCCACAGCUAGGAAAUUCAUUAUUUGGCGUGAAAGAGAGCGCAAGCGAUGGAGCUCCUGCGAACCCUUUCGCAAAUCCGUUCUCCACAAACAACGGCGGCAACACGUCCGUGAAUCCUUUCUCGAAGGCCUCGGCCAGCGCAAAUCCGUUCGCGUCGUCAACACCACCCAUCCAAGCCACCUCGUCCGAGAAAGAGAAUGAAGGAAACGUCAAAAAGGAUGAAGAAGCUGAGACCAGUCUUCCUCAGACCUUCGCUGAGAAAGUCCGCCUAUCUUCGCCUCCUCCUGUAAAUCAGCCUGCCCGUCCGCAUGAGCCGUGGCCUGCUGAAUCUGUGUUUCCACCACCAUACCCUCGAUACUACCUGGAUGCUGAAUACGAGGCAUUAGACGCACCGUCAACACCUCAGAUACCCGAAAAUACCCGAAUGGACUUGGAUAGUGGGAGCAGCGAAAAAGGUGGGAAAGAGGACAAAGAUAUUUUCGAAAGCUCACUCGAUAAAACCUUCCAGAAAUUUGCCGAUCGCGUAGGUCAAAAUCCAGAACAGGUAUUACGGUACGAGUAUAAAGGAAAACCAUUGCUGUAUAGCGAUGCGGAUGCCAUCGGCAAGUCGCUUGCCGCUCACUCGGAGAACGGUCCAUCUUCGACGUCUAAGAUCAUCGUAUCACGAAAUGGAACAGGACUUGCACCAUGUCAGAAUUGCGGCGCAGAGAGGGUUUUCGAAGUUCAAUUGACCCCACACGCAAUUACAGAGCUCGAAGCUGAUGAUAUGACUAUUGAUGGGAUGGAAUGGGGCACUAUCAUACUGGGGGUAUGUAGUAAGGACUGCAAGCCUGAUGAUAUAGCAGAAGGUGAGUCUGGUUACGUAGAAGAAUGGAUAGGCGUGCAGUGGGAGGAAGUCGCGCCAAAGAAAUGA